AUGACUCAGUUGAAGGCAUCUUUCUCUCCUGAUCUGGUCGAUGCAUUGGACUUGGACACACUGGUGAAUGACCACGUGGCCAUCUACUGUGGUACCAAACGAGGACGAGAUGCCUUGAAGGUGCUGGUAACUCCGUCAGCAAAAAAAUCAACCUUUCACAGUCUCCCACGGUUUCAGUGUUCGGUUGCCGGCUCGGUGGAAGAAGCUCUGCAGGAAUAUGAACUCGUUCAGCAAGCUACGUGGGCUUUGGGAAAUGACACGUAUCCUCCCAUUUAUGGAGAGGAUCAAGGGCCUGUUGGUCUGCUCAAAAGAGGAAGCAGCCGUGUCUAUAUCGAUGACUUUGAUUCCUGGCUCAUUCAUCACAAUGACGCUUCGGAAUUUUCCCUCCAGGAUCUGUUGGAAGCCGAAAAGACGAUUCAAAUGCUGCUUGAUGUACAUCAAUGGACCAACAAUCAUCCUCCCUUCUCUUGCUUUUCUGCUAGUACAAGAAAAGAAGAACUCCAAUUGGCCCAUGAACAGCUGCAAAAUACCGUCAAACUCCAACGGGUUCGAUCGGCGACCGAUCCCAAUGGAGAUUCCACCUUUACGUUUGUCUUGAAUGACAAGGUCUUUCCGGCACUGUGUAAGAAUAGCGAUACCAAUAGCAACAACAACCAAGAAGAGCAAGAAGAAGAGCUUCGACGUGAGAUUCAAUACAGCUUGGCGGUAUCCGUACUGGCAUGUCGUCCCGCCAUUCUGGAAAGCUUGACCGCCAUGGCACAGUUGGAUACCAUUUUUGCCAAGGCUGCGUUUGGCCUGUCCAGUCGCACCAGCAAAAACAGACAGUAUGGUAUCAUUCCGGAUAUUAUGCUUUCGAAUGAUGACGACAAUACUAACAAUUGGAUCAUGGAUGUACCCCAAUUUGUGCAUCCCCUGGUUGCGGAUCACGCCGGAGUAGUGCCCAUUGAUCUCAAGCUGUCGUCGGCGGCAUUGGUCAUUAGUGGCGCCAAUGGAGGUGGGAAAACGGCCGCCCUCAAAUCGUUUGGAUUGGUAGCGGCCAUGGUUCGGCUUGGAUUGCCCCUGCCAACAACAAGUGCCACCGUGCCGCCGCGAGUUGCCUGGGUGGAUACCAUUCAUGUGCAGGUGGGAGAUGGACAAGAUUUGACACGAGGAGAGUCCACCUUCACGUCGCGAUUAAAGGGAUAUGCUACACUACUAGAAUCGCUCCAAGAAGAAAAAGAAAAACACAACAAUCAUCGGCACUUGAUUUUACUGGAUGAGUUGGGGAGUGGAACGGAUGAUUCCGCUGGAGGUGCCAUUUCGCAAGCCUUGCUGGAGCAGCUGCUGGCACUGGGACAGCAUUGUCAUGUGAUUGCUACCACCCAUUCCCGUCGGCUCAAGAACUAUUGCCUCCAAUCGACAAACGUGGAGAGUGCCGCCGUGUUGCGUUCCAGCUACCAACUCAAUUACGGGAUUGCCGGUGAAUCGUAUGGACUCGAAGCUGCCCAACAGUGUGCUUUGCCAGCAUCUUUGUUGGAUCGGGCUGCGGAGCUAAUGGCGGAGGAGCAGAACAAUGGCGACGACGACUGCAACGACAUUCGGUCGAGCCUCGAGGUGCAACUCGAUGCUGUCGUGCUGCUGCGGGAGGAAACGGAGCGAAUCAAAGAUCAAACGCGCCGACAACAAUCCGCCAUAAUUGGAUUGGCCAAGGCAUACGAACGACAAUUUGCCUUGUGGGAGGAACGGUUGAAUCAGGGAUACCAGCGGCUCCUGCAAGAGCAGCCAGACGAACCCCUGGAAGUCGUUGGAGAGACCCUGGACCACGUACGGGUUGUCAAGAAACGAAUCCAAAGUGUCGCGGAAAAGUUGCGAGAACGUGGGCUGAGACCCACUUCGGAAGACGAUUUGGCUGUCGGCGCGUCGGUUGUGAUUGUCGCAGAAGAAUCGGAGUGGGAAGGUUGCACGGCCACGAUUGCGGCAGUCCUGGACUCAAACAGCCAAAUUAUUGUCGCGCUGCCCUUAUUGCCAGCGACCGACGCCACCAAGCCACUCAACGAUAACAAUGUGGAGAAAUCCAUGUUGUCUGGCAGUGGCGGGGACCAAUUGCGACAAUCUUUUCGACGGGAUCAGUUGGCAGUGUGGGACUACGCGAGCGUAUGGGACGACUUUGAACCAGAAGAUUACUACAAAACGCCAACCGUAACCAAAGCUACCGCAACGAAACGCUUGGGCGAAGUCCUUGGGUCCAUUAAAAAGUCGUCAACCCCAAAGAAUGGCAAGAGUAGCAGUCCCAACAAUGAAACAGGCAGCAAUUUCAAAUCGGCUCGAGUACGCAAACAGGCUAAGAAAUCCAAUAAGUCGCAAAAGAAGCACAAACGGUCCAAAUGA